ACGUUCUUUCCAGAGGACUUACUGGGUGCAAGGAGUUUACCUGAAUUCAAGGGCACUGUUCGAAGGAUUAUCAUAGAGAAUCCUGAGCAGGAGCCAUUAUCCCCAUUUCUUAGAGGGGGGAAUUUCUGUCCUGGAAAUAAUGUCAUCUAUGAAAAGACAAUAAGAAAAUAUGAACUAUUAAAUCCCCAUCAAGAGAAGCAGUACCAAUUUUCCCACCAGUGUCAGAUUCCACAGCUGUCUGAUCAGUGCAGUGCCAUCCAGCCCUGCCAGCAGCCCGAGCAGCCCCCAGUCACACAGCAGUGCCAGCAAACACAGACCAGCAGCCCAUGUGAGGUGAUACCCAUCUCUGUGACUGAUGACUGCAGAGGAAAUACAGUGAGGAGGGUGACAGUUCAAACCUACGAACAGGAGAAUAAUGACCAGCUGGACUGCCGCUACUUUGGUGAGCUCCUUGCUGAACUGAACCGCAAGACCAACGACCUGUACAGCUGUUUACUACAGCAUGUGGAAAAGAUAGGAGGAAGGAACCAUGACAUUGAAUUUACGAGUCAGACUGAAGAUAUUGAAGAAUUAAUUCCCAAAGGACUGUCUGAGGCAACAAAGCAGCAAAUUCGUUAUCUCCUCCAGAUGAGAGUGAUAUCGGAUAAAUCUUUGAGACUUGUGCUUUCCACUUUCAAAAACUUACGUGAAGAGCUCUGCCAUUUACAGGAUGACCUGGGGAAGCUAGAAACUGAUAACGUCUUACUUAAGAAGGAUUUGGCUUUUAAAGAAUCUCAAGUAAAAGAAUAUGAAACUAUGUUGUCUUCUCUGAGAGAGAAUAAUCGUCAGCAGCAGCAAGGACUCAGAGAUAGUGCUGCCAGGUGUCGGUCUCUGGAAGAACAGCUUCUUUCUCUUCAACUCAACGAAGGAGAAAAGGAUUGUCAGUUAAAGGAACUGGAAUACUCCAAGCGUGCCUUGGACCAAGAGAUCCAGAGUCUUAAGCUACAGAUCUGCUCCAGUCCAACAAUUCAGACUACCACAGAUGAACUCUCCAGCCGUUAUGUAGAGAUGAUCAAUAACUUGAGAGAGGAUAAAGACCGUGAGAUCCGCAGUCUUAGGUCUCAGUUGUGCCAAUUCCAGCAAGAUAUAUCAAGGCAAGAAGGGAACAACAGCGACUUGCAAAUAAAGCUGCAUGAACUGACAGCAAUGCUGGAGGAGAAAGAUGUUUGUAUUAAACAACAGCAAGAGGAACUCUUCAGACUCAAGCAUGAGAGAGCAUCAAGCAGUCAGUCCCCUGGUGUAACAGCUAUCAUCACGAAGAAGUACAGGAAUCAGUAUCCUAUCCUGGGUCUUUUGUCGGAUGACUACAAGGUUACAUCACCUGUCAACAAGUCACAAACUAUUGUAAUUGAGAGGACUGGAGAGAUAUGGAAACAUGGCACAGGAUAGUGUCAAAUCUGAACACAAGGUGAAGACUUGAGAAAAAUCAGCACGGCCAGCUCACAGCCAGUACAGAAACGAAUGAAAGAAAUCCCUCAGCCAUCCAAGCUGGUUAAAGGAGUCUACAACAAAUACCUAAAAUUGCUUUCUUUUCUGCUUUUUUUUUUUUCUUUUUUUGCCUCAGUAGAAGGUUUGGUCUGAUAGUGAGAGAAAGGCCAAGGAAGAAAUUAAGAACAGGAAAGCAUGAAGGCAAUGCAAGACAGUAUCUUGUCCUCAUCGUAACAAACUGAGGUACCUGUGUCUGUGACUUGCUGCUAACAUCUGUGCACAAAGUAUUCGUACUGUUUCAUGCACUUACUUUUCUCUAAGAAGAGAAUGGUAUGCCAUGCUGGUGAGGACUUCAGUAUUUCCUGAUGUGCCUACCAUCUGUUCUUCAGUCACUCUUUCAGCAAUCUAAAAGACAAAAGUAGGAACUCUGAAACAUUUUUGUUUCCUCUUGAUAGCAUUAUCCGCGUUUUUUCUCUCCUAUCUGCUUGUGAUUGAGAAGUGAGAGUGAUACAAAUCUAAGUCACACACACACACACACACACACACGGAAUGGCUGGUUUCAGUACAGACAGAAUCACAAAUUGUCAAUUCAUCUACUGCAGCCUGUUCAAGAUGAAGUAAAACCUGGUAAGAACUGUCACGGGGAAUGUUACUUGCGUUACAUCUGCCUGUCCAAAACUAAACCACAAAGGAAAAUGACUUCAUUUGUUCCAGAUAUACAAAACAUAGCAAUUGAAUUAGCAAAUGACUUGAUUUGGGCUGCUGCCAAUUCUGAAGAAUGUUACUGACAUCAGAAUUAACGUAUUUCAGGUACACCACUAUAAGCCCCCAAACCAGCCACAACUAUUUAUUUUGCUGUGUUUGAAAACAUCAAGAUCUCAUUAUAUUUUUAUAUAGAAAAACUUAGCUCAUAGAGUAUAUUUUAUUAUCAGACCGACCUACUAUUUACAGUUUUUUGCUCCAUGCAAGACUAUGGGAAUUCUCUCAUCUGAUUUGCUACAAAUAAUUAAACUGCUUUGGUAUAAAUAAUUAUGUAGCUGUCUAACCAACACAGUGUGUUAGGUGAGCGGGAGAAGUACUAAAAGAAAAUCAUAGGCAAAAAGCUUUAUGCAGUCAGAAGGUGCUAGCUGUGUAUCACAGGGUUCUUGCUUUGCUCUUUCUCGUGGAAUCAUAGAAUGUUUCUGCAGACACACACAUACUGCUGUUCGCAAAUAAUAUACAGCAUAGACACUGUUUAAUGGUGAAAGAACCCUGUUGGCAAUAUAUGUUAAAUAAAUAUAACUUUCUGAA